ACAAAUCAGUUAGUUGAUCAAGAUCACUGGUCGCGUGAGAAACGAAGACACUGUGAAACGUGUUAAUGUACGCGAAGUGCGCAGACAUUGUGAUACAGAAAUUAUCAUCAUCAAACCAAGCAAACAACAGAAAUUACAUAACACGAGCAGAAAAAAAAACCAACAACAAUAACAGCUAUUAAAGGCAACGCAAAGGUUAAGCCCGAUUAAGAACUACGCCGCAUAUAAUAUACGUUACGGAUAAUAUAAAAAGUGUUGCGGCUUGCGAAUAAAAUAUUUCCACAUAUAAUAUCUGGUUUAUACGUUGCUGGUCUCUCGCUCGCUAUAGCACUCUUGAAGCUAUAACUUAAUCGCAAGGCAAACCAGUAGCACAUAAAAUUGCGAUUACACAGUCGUCAAUGCUUUCUUCGUUUCGUAGAUGAUAUGUGAACGACGACUAGGGCGAACGUAUCUCUUUAAGUCAGUAUAACAUUGUUGAUCGAGUCUAGAGGACCACAUUCAUCAUCGGACAAACCAUUUUCAUUCAUGGUAAACCGACAAAGAAGUGAAAAAAAAACUGUGAGAAGUGAAACAAAAAGGUAAAUGAUAAGAAGUGAAAAACUUCAGUUUGGAUUGAAUGAAAAACAAGUAAAGAAGAAAAAAAACAUCGGUCUGGACAACCAGAAACCCAUCAAAAGGGAUUGAUCGAUAAAUUCAGUGCAUAAACAGAGUAAUUGUGUAUUGAAUAAAUGUUAGCCUCUGGCAAUUUCUUGCGUUGAAGUGUGCAAACGUUUUAACGACGAAAGAACGAAAAGGAAACCAGAUCAUUAAAGUGAUUGAAGAAAAGAAACGGAAAUCGUUUAGAACAUGGGUGUGCUGAAAGUUGCGGGAGUGAGCUAUUUGCUAUUAGCUGCCAUUUUGCUGGUAUGCGCGCAGAAUGGAAACAAUCAAUCAUCAGAAGACGAUCCACGGUUCGAUGCUCGCGUGUCAGAACUAUUAGCCAAGAAUAUGCUUCAGCUUUCACAAGAAAUUGGUACGACGAUACUGCAGGACAGUGAUAGGCCAACCGAAGUAUUUUCACCGUUAAGCAUUUACACGGCAUUAAGUAUUCUAUUGAUGGGCGCCAAUGGCCAAACAUUCCAAGAAUUAAUGGGCCUACUGAAAAUUAACAGCGACUCGUAUUUGUCACAAAACACGUGGAAAGUCCACGAAGAAUUAUCGUUAAUGAUUGACGAUUUGAAUGGAACCAUUCCGCAUCCGGGCCAUCGAAGACGCUAUCAAGCAUUAUGGCGAAAUCAAAACGCUCUACAUGAAAAUCGAAAUCAAAACCAAGAGUCACUUCAGCAAAUUUCCGUUGCGAAUGGGAUUUUCUUCCAAAAUGGAUAUUCCAUUCGAGACGAUUUUCGAGAUGCCAUGCAAUCAGCAUACCAAGCCCAUUUGCAAAGACUCGACUUCGCCAAUAAACCGGACUUAUCGACAAAAUACAUCAAUAGUUGGGUGAACGAAAAAACUCAAGGCAAAAUCAAAAAAAUUCUUACAAAUGAACUGCCGCAGUCAACGAAAGCAAUUAUCGCAAGUGCAUUGUAUUUCAAAGCGUUAUGGGAACGAACAUUUUAUGAAGCAGGCACAAAGCCACGUGAAUUCUAUCCAGAUGGAAUCAACCGGCCGCCAAUCAUGGUUGAUAUGAUGGCCAUUGGUGGUUCAUAUCCAUUCUACGAUUCAAAAGAGUACGACUGCCGUAUCAUUGCUUUGCCAUAUCGUAAGCACUUAACCACGAUGUACAUCAUCAUCCCAAACAAAUCGACACGCCAUCGAUUACGACAAUUCCAAGCCACACUAACCGCUGAUAAGAUUCAAGAGAUGAUCUCCAAAAUGGAAUGGAAAACAGCAAUAAUCCUAUUUCCAAAGUUGCAUAUCACAAAUCGGAUUGAUUUGAAGAUGGUUUUGAAACGAAUGGGGCUACGUUCGUUGUUUAGCUACGACCAAAGUGAUUUGUCGUUGAUAUCGACGGGUGUUGAAACGCCACUAAGCCAAAACCAUUUUCCGGGUACUUUGAAUAAUGUUGACGAUAGACAGUUUCUGUUUCCGCGUUUUGACGAUGUUGAAAGUAGAAACGCCACAGCUUCAACAAGAAAUGCCACGCAUGAAGCCGCAAAGAAUAACACAAACGAUGCAGCAAAACGUGAGAGAAGAUCAGCGGUUACGUAUAAAGCAACCAGCAGUGAUACCAAUGCACAAAGAGAGCCGCUUCGACUGAAAGAUCUCGUGAUUAGCAAAAGAAUAACCAAAUCCUACCCGUACAUAAAACUUCGUAGUCGUCUUCGGCGCGAUAUUCCAACGGAUCCAUCACUCAAUUUAAAGCGGUUGGAUUUGUUGCGAACGAGACUUAGCAGUGAACGUUAUCCAAAUCCAGGGUUAUUUGCCGAUGAGCUAAUUCAUCAAAUUGAUUUAACCGUGAACGAAGUCGGCACAGAAGGUGGAGCUGCGACAAUUACAACACUUAAUCGUUCGGGGCCCGAUAUUCUGUUUCGGGCCGAGACACCAUUCUUAUUCUUAAUUCGACACGAAGAUACAAAAAUACCCAUUUUCUAUGGCACUGUCUUCGAACCAACGAACUUUUGAAUCGUUCCAAAUGAUAAGAGCAAUUUUUUUGUAUAUUUUUUUUUCCUUUUCGAAUCUUUUAUUAGAAACAGUAAGCUAUAACUUUCUCUUUCUUUUAUUUAUUCCAUGAGUUUUAUAUGCAUAAGUUAAGAUGAAUCCAAAUAAAAACAUUUUUUCCACUAA